CUACAUGUCUUUGGUGAAAAUAACCCAAAUUAGGAUGUAUUUUUUAGUUUGUAGCAAAGCUAUAGAGUUCACAAACUAUGGUAUAGAUCUGAAUAUUGAUCAAUCCUGAAGUACUGACGGCCAAUCUAAUUUCUUGAGGUCCAAGAAUGUCAGAACAGUACAGAUAUCCCCCAAAUGACCCAGAGUAGACAGAGUAGACAGUCCGACGUACUUCAUAAGAGGCGUGGCGAGUUUUUUGAAGUUGUAUUUUUUGUCAUAAUUUUUCUGAAAAUGAAAAAUUUUUUUUUUACAUACUGUCAC